UAUAGUAGACUCGGCGUUGGCCACUGCGCAGACCAGAUUUCCCUCGCUCGAAAGCCUCUCUCUGCUCCCUCCGAGACCAUGUCUGACAAACCCGAUAUGGCUGAGAUCGAGAAAUUCGAUAAGUCGAAAUUGAAGAAGACAGAAACGCAAGAGAAAAACCCACUGCCUUCCAAAGAAACGAUCGAACAGGAGAAGCAAGCGGGCGAAUCGUAAUGAGGCCAGCGCCGCCAGUAUGCACUGUACAUUCCACAAGCAUUGCCUUCUUAUUUUACUUCUUUUAGCUGUUUAACUUUGUAAGAUGCAAAGAGGU